AUCAAUCACGUUUGCCAUUGUAUAACGAUGAGAGCAAUGGUGAAAUUAUUCAGUAGUUCAUGGUUCGCAUGGUUUUUGUUGAGUGCUUUGGUUUCAGUAAAUGUUGGAGUUGAGGCUAGGGUGCGCCACUACAAGUGGGAGGUGAAGUACGAGUUUCAUUCACCUGACUGUUUUGAGAAGCUUGUGAUUGCCAUUAACGGCCAAUCUCCCGGCCCCAGCAUCGUGGCUGAGCAAGGAGAUACAAUUGUUGUGGAGCUUACUAACCGCCUGCUCACCGAGAACAUCGCCAUCCACUGGCACGGGAUUCGCCAGAUUGGAACCCCAUGGAGUGAUGGAACAGAAGGGGUGACUCAGUGCCCAAUCUUGCCUGCCCAAACGCAUGUUUACAAGUUCGUAGUGGACAGGCCGGGAACCUACCUAUAUCACGCCCACUAUGGCAUGCAAAGAGAAGCUGGGCUUUAUGGAUCCAUUAGAGUGUCUUUGCCCAAAGGUGCUAAGGAGCCGUUUGCUUAUGAUGGAGAGCACAGCCUUUUGUUAGCUGAUUGGUGGCACAGGAGCACAUAUGAGCAAUCAACUGGUCUUUCUUCUAAGCCAUUUCGAUGGGUUGGAGAACCUCAGUCACUAUUGAUCCAAGGUCGCGGAAGUUACAACUGCUCACUUGUCAGUGGGCUUAAUGCAGCCGGGACUGGUAGCGUUUGCAAUGCCACUAACCCUCAGUGCUCUCCCCAUUUCAUGACUGUCGUCCCCGGCAAGACUUACCGAAUAAGAAUUGCCAGUGUUACCUCUUUAUCAGCUCUCAACUUUCAAAUCGAGGGCCACAACAUGACCAUAGUUGAAGCAGACGGCCACUAUGUGGAACCUGUCGUAGUCCAAAACCUCAACAUAUACUCUGGAGAGACCUACUCUGUCCUUGUUAAAGCAGACAGAGAUCCUUCGAGGAACUACUGGGCUGCAGUGAAUGUUCGUGCUCGGAAACCUGAGACGCCUACUGGAGUGGCCAUCUUCAACUACUAUCCGAAUCAUCCUAAAAGGCGCCCUCCCACCAUACCACCGGCUGGUCCGGUUUGGAAUGAUACGUCUUACGCCAUAGCACAGAGCCAAUCGAUAAAGGCUCGGGCUGGAUUCAUCCAUACACCACCCUCUCAGUCUGAUAGGGUCAUAACUCUACUCAACACACAAAACCUAAUCGACGGAUUCAGACGUUGGUCCCUAAACAAUGUCUCAUUCACGCUCCCGCACACUCCCUAUCUAAUUGCGAUCCAUCAAAAUCUGACCCAUGCCUUCAACCAGACACCGGCUCCAGACAGCUACAGGGCUAAGGAAUAUGACAUUUUCCGCCCUCCACCGAACCCAAACGCUACACAAAGUGACUCAAUCUAUCGACUCCGCUUUAAUUCGACUGUCGAUAUAAUUCUACAGAAUGCCAAUACUCUGAAUCCGAACAACAGCGAGACGCACCCAUGGCACCUUCAUGGACAUGAUUUCUGGGUUUUGGGUUAUGGAAUUGGAGUUUUUGACCCAGUAAAUGACCCCAAGAAGUAUAACUUAGUGAAUCCUAUCAUGAAGAACUCUGCGGCUGUGUUUCCUUAUGGUUGGACUGCUCUAAGGUUUAAGGCAGAUAAUCCUGGGGCUUGGGCAUUCCAUUGCCAUAUUGAGGCUCACUUCUACAUGGGCAUGGGGGUUGUGUUUGAGUCAGGAGUUGACAGGUUGGGAAAACUUCCAGAUUCCAUAAUGGGGUGUGGUGAAUCAUAGCCCAAUUGAUUAGAUGGUCAUUGAUUGUUUUAUUGACUAAUGUCUUUUGUUUUAUUUUGAGACACUGGCUGUCAAUUCUUUUUCCACAAUAAUGCUAUAGAAAUAAAGUCAAGGAAUUUUUUUUUUUC